UGGGGGUGGUGUGCAUGUGCGAGGGGCUGCUGGGCUGGGGGCUGCCCCUGCCCACUCCGAGCAGUGCUAUCUCUGUUCCGUGGCAGCUCCGACCGGUUUGUGGGGCUCGGUGGGGAGGUGCCUCCUGCCCGAGGCCGAAUGGAGGGAUGGGAAGCGCUCACACGAUGCCAAGGAACAAACAAGAGGUGCUUGUGCCCUGCCGGCAUGGAGCCCAGCUUGGGACUGGCACGGGCCCAUGGAGGCAAGGGCAGGAGCUAUGGGGAGGAAACAGGCACAGAAGCACAGAGGCAUCCAUGCAGGCCGUGGAGAAGGAGGUGCUGGGAGCGAUGCUGGAGAAAUCCCCAUCCCGGAUGCCACCGUUGCCCUUCAGCACCCCGAGCCGGGCUCAACCCGGACAUCUCCUGCCCGCGGGCAGCGUGCGGCCGUGCUCCUGUUCCUGGGUGGCCUCAUCCCGGCCCCCUGCGCCAUCCGUGGGAGCAGCGAUUGGGCGUCAUGGCCGUGGGGAGAAAUGCGAGAGGAGGAAUCCUGGGAAACUGGUUCUACCUCUCCGUCCGGUGCCGGCGGGAUGGCGGGCGGCGGAGCUCCUCCCUCGGCGAGGGCAUAUAACGCCCGGCAUGGUCCCAGCGGGCGGCACUGCGUGGCGGAGAGCGAUGGCCUCCAUGGGGCUGCAGGUGCUGGGCAUCGCCCUGUCCGUCAUCGGCUGGCUGGCGUCCGUCCUCUGCUGCGCGCUGCCCAUGUGGCGCGAGACCGCCUUCGUGGGCAACAACAUCGUGGUGGCUCAGAUCAUCUGGGAAGGGCUGUGGAUGAACUGCGUGGUGCAGAGCACGGGGCAGAUGCAGUGCCGGGUGUACGACUCCAUGCUGGCCCUGCCGCAGGACCUGCAGGCCGCCCGCGCGCUGCUGGUGGUGGCCAUCGUGCUGGCCGUGCUGGGCACGCUGCUCGCCAUCGCCGGCGGCAAGUGCACCACCUGCGUGGAGGACGAGACGGCCAAAGCCAAGGUGAUGAUCCUCUCCGGCAUCACCUUCAUCGUCGCCGGCGUCCUCAUCCUCAUCCCCGUCUGCUGGUCGGCCAACGCCAUCAUCCGGGACUUCUACGACCCGCUGGUGGCCGACUCCCAGAAGCGGGAGCUGGGCUCGUCGCUUUACGUGGGCUGGGCGGCCUCCGCGCUGCUGUGUGUCCGUACCCCGGCACAGGGCAUGGGGAGCGGGCGGGGGCUGCGGGGCACCCAGAGCACAGCCAGGCGCAGGGACGGGCCCCCGGUUCCUUCUGAGGCAUCGGCCGUCCCCAACGCCCUCAUCCCACAGCCCCCGCCCGGCACGUGGUGCUGCGGGCACGGCGCCCCGUGUGGCUGCCCUCCAGACCAGGAGCUGCUGAGAGCACGUGCCGACUUUGUGGGCCGCGUGAGGAAGGCUGUGAUCUCCAAUCUCCUGGAUGAGCUGCUGGCCCACAAGGUGCUGAACCAGGCAGAAGUGGAUGAGGUGCAGGAGGCCAACCCAGUGACAACCGACAAGGCCCGGAGCCUCAUAGACACCGUACGCCUGAAGGGCCCUAGGGCCAGCGCCAUCUUCAUCGACAGCCUCAGGAAGCACGACUGCAACUUGGCGGAGCAGCUGGGACUGAGUGCUGGUGCAGAGCCUCCUGGUGCACCGCCGGCUGCCCCCAGCACUGCAGGCUCCUCCGCCCCCCCCGUUAGCAGCCAGAACCUGCAGUGGAUGCAACAGUGCACCCAGAGCGAGUACCAGCGCAUCAAGGAGGCAGAGGGAGAUCAGAUCUAUGACAUAUACCUGCCACGGGAAAAACGAACCCGUAGGGCCUUGCUCAUCUGCAACACCAAUUUUGAGCACUUGAGCAAGCGGGACGGGGCUGACGUGGAUGUGAAGGAGAUGACAAAGCUGCUAGAAGGACUGGGCUACAAUGUGGAGUGCCAUGAAAACAUAACUUCCCAGGAGAUGAUCACAGUUAUGAAGAAGUUUGCAGAUCACAAAGAUCAUGUGACCUCUGACAGCACCUUCCUGGUAUUCAUGUCACACGGAGUCAGCACUGGGAUCUGCGGGAACAAGAGUGAUGGGACCACAGACAUCCUCUCCUUCAGCACCAUCUAUGAGAAUUUCAACAACAAGCACUGCAGGGCGCUGGUGGGCAAACCCAAAGUGGUUAUUAUCCAGUGCUGCCGUGGAGGCAACGUAGGAUCUGUGAUGAUAUGUGACUCCAUCGACCCUGAGACGCCCACUUUCACCUCGGACGGCUUUAGGACUGUACAGCUGCAAGAUCGUAAAAUCAGAAAAACUCACCUGGAGAGUGAUUUUGCCACUUUAUAUUCCUCCACACCUGAUACUGUCUCCUGGAGAUGUCCCAAAAAAGGUUCUUUAUUUAUCCAGAGACUGGUGGAGCAAUUUCGAAGCCAUGCCUUUAACAGUGACUUGCAGGAGAUGUUCCGAAAGGUCCAACGUUCCUUUGAAAACUUUCCUCAGCAGUUGCCAACACAAGAGAGGACUACAAUGCUCAAGAAGUUCUAUCUCUUCCCAGGCCUCUGAUCUCCUGCCCAAGGCAGCUACAGAGCCAGAACAAAACAGUCUUCAGUCUGCUCUUCUUCCUCCCUUUUGAGGCAUCUGAACAACCUCAAACUGACCAAAUUAUUGCCAGGGAGCAGCGAAGAUACUCAGCAAUAGAACACUACACACACACCUGGACAACAUCUCUCUUUACCACCCCAACAAGGGCUGUGAAUCAAGCAUCUCCCCAUUUGUGGCAGAUACCAUCUGUCACUCUGAGAGCCACUUCUGCCGUUUCUAACUCGACUUGUUGACUAAUAAAAGGAUUAGAACACAGAA